AUGCUCGCCAAAACCUUGACGGUGUCUUCUCUCCUCGGCCCUGCCAUCAGCGCCAGCAACUUCCGUGUCUUUGACAGUACCGCCUACACCAACACGUCCGUCGGCUACGGCACAUCCAACAUCAAUUGGAUCCCCAACUAUGUCUGUAGCCCCCUCGUCGCCCACAACGCCAUCCCCUCCGCAGACACAUGGCAGUCCGUCGUGCUACAAUGGAACAUCUACCCAGGCUAUCCCCUCGUACUGGACUGCGAGAACAUUUAUCUCAACUCGCCAUCCACCGCCGACCACAACCUGGAAGUCAUGAAGACGCUGCAAACCUGGGCCGCUCAAGUUCUCCCGAGCCGUCAAAUCAUUGGGUGGUACGGCCUCUCCGGCAACACAGCCGCCUCUUUAUACGGACACUACCAGAGACUCAUCGCCAACUAUAGCGCCCACGCCUUCUUCCCGUCAGCCUACACAUUCUCCAGCAGUCUCGCUACUUGGCAAACGUCACUCAAUAGCGUUCUUGCCAAGGUCAAGGCUAUCGAUGCCUCGCUGCCCGUAUACCCCUUCAUUUGGCCGCAGUAUCACGAAUCUCCUCAUUCUUUCUACCCUGUUGAGUUGUGGAAGAACCAGCUUGAUGUGUUGACUGAAAAUCAGGAGAUGGAUGGAUUUGUCAUCUGGGGUGGCAAGAAUCACUUGGUUUGUGGCGAUGUGUGCCAGGCGACCGCAGGCACCAAGCCGUGGUUAAGUGCGACUAGAACAUAUUUGAAGGGUUUGUAUGGUAUUUACGGCGGCACGCCGCAGAAGCAGGGCGCUCAGCUGUUUACUGGGGUGUGA